AAAUCUCCACGUGAUCAUCACGUGAGACUCUUCACUCUCGUCUCCAUUUUCCUGCCUCUUUCUCUGUCUCUCCUUUUCUCUCUCUUUCUCUCCCCUCUCUCUCUUCAUCAUGGCUGACCUGGAGUCCCAGUCUACUGUACUAGAGGACUACGAGUCGGUCUUAGAAGAGCUCACCUUCAACUCAAAGCCAAUCAUCAACAUGCUGACCAUGAAGGCAGACAAAUAUCGAAUCUACGCCCCUGCCAUAGUCGAGCUGGUCAAGACCCGGUUCUUCAAGGUGCGGCAAGAGUGCAAGAUACCAACCCUCUAUCUCAUGGACUCCAUGAUCAAGAACCUGGGAGGGGAAUUCCUAGAGGAACUCACAAAAGGGAUCGUGGGCGUGUUCUGCCACGCCUUCGAAGCACUGAAUGACCCAAAGAUUCGUAUUGCUUUGUAUAAACUGAGGCAGACAUGGCUCCCGUACAUACCUGUCAGGAAACUGGCAGCUAUAGAUGAGCAUAUUCACGCUAUCGAUCCAAACUGGCCAAUCACUGCUCAGGAGCCCUCCAGUCCAACUAUAUUCUUGAAUCCCAAGUUUCUUGAACCUAAGGAGGACUCUGCUAAGAGAAAUUCAGGGAAAACGUCAACUGAAAGAAGAUCAUCUCCACUUCCCAAAAAGUCAAUAUUAAAACCAUCAUUACCAGCAACGUCAUCCAAAUCUUCAAGCAACUCACUGGCUCCUCUAACCAUUGAGAACAAAGGCAGGAGAAGCCCCCAGAACACUCUCAUCGAUAAGCAAGCAUCAAAAAGUCCCUCGCCAAUGCCUUCCUCGUCUAUGAAACACAGCAAGCCUACAAAAAGUCCAAGCAAAGACUCAGGAGCCAACGAUUAUCGUAUUCCAAAGAAAAAGAAAGUACAGUUUCAAUCGCCUCCAACCUCCUCCUCUUCCUCUCUCUCUUCUUCUUCUUCCUCGAAACCUGUCGACUCGUUUGCUUCCUCUCUCUCCCAGCCUCCUCCUUCUCAAGAAGUCUCUUUGGCUAUGAAGGACAAACGUAAGAAGCUCCUUGCUCAACAAAGACAAAUCAAAACAAACAAGCAGCUCUCGAUGGGGAUACUCCCACCACCACAGGACGACGUCUCUCUCGAUCGUGUUAUACAGAAACACAAACGAAGCUCAAGUCCAAGUCCUGAGAAGAGACCAUUAGAGUCUGUGGUUAAACGCCCACGCAGUGCCAGUCCCACUGUUGCUGUGGAUACGAGAGGUGAUGUGGCUCCAGUGGAAAGCGAUUCCAGUGCAGACAUUGCUGGUAGGAAGCAUAGAAAUGAGGAUACUAGCAUUGAGUUUGAUUCUAAUAAACGAGUCAAGACAGAGCCUAUUGAAGACCUUGUUCCAGUUACUGAUAAUAAUCCAAUGAAAGGAAGAGGAGGAGGAAUGGAUAAUGACAGGACUACAGAUAUCAAUGAUCUUCUACCUGACUUUAUACUCAAGAAACAAGAAUAUAUGCUGGAGCAGGCUAGAAAGAGGUUACAAUCCGACACACUAACAUCAGAGCAACGUGAUCAACUUCUGAGACAAGUUGAUCAACUCCUCGAGUUGCAGGCAACUCAUGAAGAAAGAACUGAUAAGUUUUUGAUUAAUGAUAAAUCUGUAUCACACGGUGAUUCUGUAUCACGCAAUCUUGAUUCUGUAUCAUUUUCGCACACACCCGUUACUAAUUCUGUAUCACAUUUUAAUGAUUCUGUAUCGCACUCACAUGAUUUUGUAUCGCACCCACAUGAUUUUGUACCGCAUCCCCACGAUUCUGCAUCACACUCACGUGAUCUUGUAUCACACCCUCGGCCAUCAGCCGAGAUCCAGCCCCACCGCACGCUCCUUCCCUUCCCCCCACCUGGAGAUUAUAUCCCUCCUCAGAGAGAUUUUCCCCCUCCAAGGGGUCUGGGACGGCCUCCACCACCGAGGGCAAAUUUCAGGCGACGGGGCGGGAGGGGGUUUAAGCGUGGGAGGCGAGACCGAGCCUUCAGGGAUCACUCACCUCCUCAUCUAAUGAGGAGGGGCCCGGGGGGUAUGAGAGACGAGAGAGGUCCCCCUCCUCCUCCUCAUCUCUCUCGUCAUCCUCUUCCUCAAGAAAGCGAAGGUCCUGCUCUUGUGUCCGAUCUUUAUGAGAAGUUAAGGAGUAGCGGCCUCCUCCUUCCUCCUGAUGGUGAGGCUGGCGGUCACCCUCCGCCUGUUCAUAGAGGACCAGCACUGCCCGUGAUUAGAUUAAAUAUCAAAGAAUUGAAAAUGUAUGGAGAGAGA